GCAACUUGCUUAUAAACUGUUUUCUCUCGGCUUUGUUCGGUAAUGCUUGGUAUUUUCUCUCUAGGCUUGGUAAGCUCCAUGACGGAGAGUGUCAGCAUCCUUCAGUUUAUGUCCUCUUCAGCCUGGCAGAGGUUGGCGCACAUAACUGGCCUUAUUGUCGCCUGCUACCACGGCUUUGUGGAUACUGUGGUGGUCUUAGCAGAGUGCCCCCACGUUGAUGUCAACUGGCAGGACAGCGAGGGGAACACGGCCCUAAUCACAGCCGCACAGGCAGGGCAUGCCACCAUCACCAACUACUUGCUGAACUAUUUUCCUGGCCUUGACCUUGAGAGGAGGAACGUGUUUGGGUUCACUGCCCUAAUGAAAGCUGCCAUGCAGGGCCGAACGGAGUGCAUCCGAGCCCUGAUGUUAGCAGGAGCAGAUGUCCAUGCCAGGGACCCCCGCCGUGGGAUGUCGCCCCAGGAGUGGGCCACUUACACCGGACGGUUGGAGGCCAUCCGCCUCAUCCAGAGGCUGCUGGAGCGACCCUGCCCGGAACAGUUUGGGGAAAAAUACAAACCAGAGCUGCCGCUGCCUCCGGAGGCCGUUCUGAAGCCCUCGGGCUCCAAAAACUGCUUGCAGAGGCUCACCGAGCUUGUGCGGUCCAUGCUGACCUCCCGCUCACGCCAGGGCCUGGAGGAUGGGGGUGUCCUGGACCACAUGGUCAGGAUGACCACGAGCCUCUACAGCCCCGCCGUGGCCAUCGUCUGCCAGACUGUGUGCCCCGAGAACCCCCCCUGUGUGGGGAAAAGGCGGCUGGCGGUGCAGGAAAUCCUGGAGGCUCGGGGGAACCGGGACACGCACGCCCAGGAGAGUGACAAGAUCGAGGGCUCUGAGCAGCCGUUCGGGACCUCCCAGGCCGUCGGGGGCUCUAGAGAGGUGGCCCCGAGAGCCAGCCUCCCGUCUCCGCAGCUGCCGGGGGCCCCGCGGAGGACCAGCCUCCUGCCCCUGCAGCUGCUGAGGAGGAGCAGCGUGCGGCCCGGCGUGGUCAUCCCCCGGGUGCGCAUCAGCAAGGCGCCCGCGCCCACCUUCCAGCCGGAGCGGGCGGCCGCCAAGGGCAGCACCAAGGACAGCACCCACCUGCAGCUCCCCAAGUGGCGGUACAAGGAGGCCAAGGAGGAAAAGAGGAAGGCGGAAGAGGCGGAGAAGCAGCGGGUGGCUGCGGCGGCGAAGAAGGAAAAGCGGGCGCCCUCCUGGAGGAAAAGGACGUGAGGGGUCAGCUGCCUGGAAGCGUGUGCGGUGGGGGAGGGGGCAGCGGGGCUCCGCGCGGAGAAGGAUGCGGGUGUGCCUCCCUCCUGCCCUCGCCCCUCCCGCAGCGCUGCACCUACCUCCCUGCACAUCCCGGGCAGACAGGCUCCCUCGAACCUGGACCCAGAAGGGCUCCCUGUUCGUUUGCUCAGGCUGCACCCUUGUGUGAAUUGGGCAGGGCACAGGUCGAUUCGCCUGAAACCAGUUCCCCUAGCGAUCAGUACACCUGGUGGGCAAAUUUGCCUCGAAGCCUACCUUUAGAACCUCACUUGAGAAAUUUAUAAGACCAGUUUAUCAAAGGGUCUGAAUAAUUUUGUAUUUUUAAUCAUGAUCAAAUUUGCAGCAAUUUACUGGUGAUGGGGCUGUUUGUAUUUAAGACGGUUUUAAUACAUUUGCCCGAAGACCCUUUGUUUAACAUACUGUUUCUGGCAAUAAUUAUUUGUGAUAUCUCUAUGAUUUCAUACAGAAUUUGUCGAAGUCUCCCCUUUCUUGCUGUUUGUCGUUCCUUCUCAUUGGACGCGCACAUGAGCAUUGUAUGUUCUUACUGAUUUGAUUCAGUGAUUCUGAAUAUUUGUUUCUAUUUGAUGGAGGCAUUUCCUUUUCCAGCAAAAUGAUGACGUGAGACAGGGGAAUCAGAUUUCCUUGUGUCUUAUUUUAAAGCUCUCUUACUUAGACGGUAAUAAUAAUGAAGAAAAACCUGUUGUCAAAGUAUGAAACCAUGCAUAGAGAAGCAUGUACUUAUUGCUGGAACUAAGUAUUUUAAGCAAGGGACUUUAGAUAAACUGGAUGCAAAGCCUUUAACAUAUUCAAAAAUAGAUAGGAGAAAAAUCUAUUAUCUAAUAAAAUGGGGGCAAAUGUAAUAAAUUUUUACUAGAAAUACAAAAUUAAUUCCUCUGCGCUCUUAGAUAAAUUGAAUUCAGAUAUCCUUAAAAUGUAAAAAAGAUGCAAAAGAAUAAGGCACCAGAGUGAUACAAACCGCUGAGAAGGGGGGUGGGCAAGAAGAACAGGGAUUAGAACUGAAUAUUAAGCAAACUUGUUUUAGGCAAAUUCUCCUGGAGUGGGUUGGAUGGCUCCCUCCUCCAGACUCAAUUCCUGGUGUGGAAUUACUUUUAUUUUUCCUUGGACUGCCCGUGAUGUUCAGUUUAUCCUCAUGCGGACUUUGUAGAAUUUCCAAGAUGCGGGGUCUUGGGCAGAGCACGUACGUGAUUUGCCCGGAGCCCUGAGCUCUCAGUGGGAGUUCUGUCCAUACUUUUUUUUAAUCUCCAAAGCACUGAGAGAGUCUACUGAAUCUCUGGCCAUCUGGGUUGCAGAGUAUCUGUCAUAUAUGCUCUCUGACAGCACUUUAUUUAAAAAUUCUCCUCCUCGGAAGCUGUAGAUUUAAAAUAGUGGAGACCGAUUUGGAAGCUCUUACAACCCUGGAUUCGCAUGUCAAAUCGUGCUCCCUGGCUGGGGUGUGAUGAGCGCCUGUCUCAUGACGUGGACAGGGAUGGCGCUGGCCUCUCCUUAGUCCCUCCCACUUGGCACCGUGAGGCAUUGAGCUAUCCGGGGUCUCACACUCACCUCUCCAGAAACCUCAAUUAACACGCAUUGCGCAGCACCAGCCUGAUGGGUAGGUGUGAUGAUAAGUCAGAUUUUAGUGAGCUCCUCCCUCUUUCCAGAAUGGCAUAGAGGUCUGGACCCGCUUUUAGCAUCACCGACACUGGGUGGCUGCAGGUCACCCUAGUGUCCAAGAGUUGGUAUUGGCCAGGUCCCCUUGGAUGAGACGAGAGCUGGUCCCCGAGGUGAAGAGAAACACCCCUAGUCUCCCUGACAGUACGACCCGGCAUCCUUUGAGAUCAUUGUCUGGUUUAUGUAUUUUCAUUGCUUUGAAUGGCUGGCUGCGUCUUCUCACUGAGGGGUCGCCCUUUGCUGCUUGCUCGCUUCCAGCGUCGGUCAGGGGCAGGGGUGAUGAUGGGCAGUCACCUCCUCCUGCUCUCCGCAUGUCCCCUCAGCUUCGUCGCCACAUUUUUUCCCUGCCUUCCACUCUGCCCGCUCUCUUCCUUGCUUGCCUCUCCUUCCUUUGCCUGUUUACUUCGGCAGCUGCGGCUAGCUGCCCUGAUCCUCCCUGGCACCAUCACCCUGAGGUCUAAAAAGGGCAGAAAAGCAAGGCGAUCAUGAGAGGCAGUGUGGUGUCCCUGCUGAAUUACGUAAUGACCUCCACCGACCCAGUGACUGAAGGACAGAUUUCCCCAGCUUCUGUGCAGAUGGUUUAGGAUUUCGGCACAGCCCCCCACACCUUUUAUUAUUAUUACUUUUUAAGAUUUAUUUAUUUAUUUUGAGAGAGAGAGAGAAGAGGAGGGACAGAGGGAGAAAAUCUUUCAAGCAGACUCCACGCUGAGCAAGGAGCCCGACGGUGGGGCUCGAUCCCACAACCCAUGAGAUCAUGACCUGAGCCGAAACCAAGUAUCGGAUGCUCAACCGACUGAGCCACCCAGCUCCCCCCUUAUGCCCAUUUAAGGGAGGGGGACCUAGUUUGCUCUCCUGACAGAUGACAGCACCACUCUGCUGUCGGAGGGAAUGGGGGAGCUGGGGUCUGCUUGCUCCCCUGAUGUUUAUUAACUGUAAAUAGUGAAUUUCAAGUUGACAGGUACCUUCUCAGGGAUUUAUAUAUAAAUGUAGUUAGAGGAAAAGAUGAAGUGUAUUUUAAUACUUUUACUAAAAUGUUUGAGUGAAUUAUGAUUACACUAGACAGAAGAAAUAUUUCCAAGACGACGUCAAUGCUGCUGUCUUCUAGGGAAAUGUCCGCCAUCUCCCUCAGUUGCGAUUUUCUAGUUAUUGGAGACCUGGGACUUUGGCAGCUGAAACGGCUCUGGGGUGGACGUGAGGUUACCUCAGCACGUCUCAGUUACCUCUUAGUUACCUCUUGUGGAUGUGGACCCUUGUAUUUAAAAAAAUUCAGCCUGUAUGUUAAGUAGUGGUGGUCAUGAUAACUGAUUUUACCUCUAGAACUGGCUCCUCCCCGUCUGCUCCCGGGUGGGCGGGGUGACAGUGACAGUUUCUCGUCCCGGCUUAUGUGACUCCAGUGUUCCGUAGUCUCCCCGCUGUGCAGGAGGGAAAAGCUGGGAGAGGUUCGUCUGGAAUGACCUCAGUGUUCAGAGCAUAAACUCUCCAUGUCUUUGGCCACCCUAGAAAAACACAGCCCAGAACAUCAUGGACCAGAACAUCGUUGACCUUCCUUCCUCUCUCCGAGGAAGGAGUAUUCCAUCACCUGGCAGGCGCCUGGCAGGACCGGGUACCUCAGCCACAUGAAGAUCAGAAAUUGCAGUUCCUUGUCUCAGCUUCAGGCCUUCCUGGGACACCAAGCUCAUUCUGCGGAGAAGGACGGAGAGAUUCGUGAUGUCAGCUGAACACAGGGCUUGUGCGUGCAGAAAGGCCGUUGCAGACUGCCUCUCCCCACUUCCUUCCAUACUUUCGGGGGUGAGCAGGUCUCUGGGGAUCCUGCAUCUGAGUGGGGGCCAGGCGGUUUUGUGUGAAACAGAAUCCCAUGAGGUGGGGCCAGCCCCCAGUCCCGAAAUGGAUGCAAAGCCUGUCAUCCUUAGGGAAGAAUCUGGGGUACCAAGUCAUGAAGAAAGGUCUCCCCGAGAAUUCAGUAAAGGAGCCAAGACUAAGAAGUGGGCCUGGUUUGUCCCUUGCAGCGUCUGGCAAGAGCCCUACCUCUCCCCCCUUGUCCCCACAACAGUCGGAGAGCAGACUGUCUUUUCCUAAUUUCCCGGAAAUUCCUCGGAGUUCCAGGCCUGAUGUAAGUCAACCGUUCCUCUUUCCCCAGGUUCACCUGGAGACCCCUGCUCGCUCAUUGCCCAUUCUCGUACCACACACCGACGCCCCAGGCUCUGGAGAUCCAUCAUCAACCAUUGUAAAGCUUCUGGUCACAGGCUUUUACGUGACGGAGUGCUCACACUUGUUCUUUUUUACAGCAUUCGGGAAAAUUCUAACAGGUACCCUGGUGUUUGCUCGGGACCCUUUCCGGCCUGUGUGGGUCUCUGGAGGCUGCACUGGCUGUGGGUUCUCCACACACCAAGUCCGCUGUGUGCGGGGCCCUCGGUUCCUGAACGAACUUGCUGUAGGGGAGGGAAGGUGGAGGGGCCAUUGCAACUGGUCCUUAGAGAACAAUGAGGUCACGUUUCUGGCAGCAACUGGAACUGGGAAGACAAUGGUCACAGUGGGGGUGCUGGUACCCACAAAGUUCUUCUAAAAGACUGCUGGCUGUGUUCCCCGUUUCACACCUUGAAGCAUUUAGAACUUGUUUCGUUCGUCUGGGUAACUCUGGAGUCAGCUGCUCAUUUCUGGGACCUUGAUGAAUUCACAUGUUUCUUCAUUAACAUGUAAAAGAAGAGGCUAAAAAAAAAAAAAUUCCUCCUGGAAGUGGUUUUUUGAAGGAAAAAACAUUUAAAAAAAAAAAAAAAAAAAAAAAAGCAAAAACACCAACCCACCACUACCUGAACUGAUUUGGCUGGUUUUCAAUGCCCAGGUUGUGCACACGAUCGCCUCACUGUGAGCCGGCCUGUGACAGGCACAGCGCCCCCUGCAGGGCUCCGAUGGCCCUUGGCUGCUGGGUGUGCCCAGGUGUGAGCGAGCACACACACGGAUGAACUGAAGGGAGACCGGGCUGUGUGGUCGCAAAGAUGACCUCUGCUCUGGCUCCCGGGGGAGGUCGGGGGUGACCUGCUUCGAUGCGUGUGUUCAGGAGGGUUGGACAGCCCAAGACUCACUGGAAGCACUUUGUCCAACGGGACACGUAACACGGCCAGCGUGUCAGAACCCAGAUCUUACCGCGAGGCAGCUAUAGGAGCUCCUCGACGAGGUCCAGUAGCCGAUCUGGGGCACCUCUCUGCCUUUGACGUUCACCCUUCACAUCGAGAGGCGGAAGCCAGAGACAACUCUGCUUGGGGAGCACCACCGGCCAUUCAGCGGCGGCCACGGGGUGGGGGCCUGAGUUUCUUGGAAUUUGGUGCCAGGUUAGCCGUAGAAUCAACAUCUUACCCUGAGGAAGCGCUAGGAUUUUCCCAAGUCUGCCCAAGGAUUAGGUAGUCUAGUGAAAGCUAACACAGUUGGGUUUUUGAGAGAAAUUUAUUCAUCCUAGUGUUACACCUUUGUCUUGUUUUAAAAGGAAAUGUAGGCGAGAAACAAAGAUGAAGCUGGUCAUUCCGGAGAGAGCAGUGACCUGUGUUGACCUGACACUUUAUACUGUUUUGGGAGUUUGCAUUGAAGCACUUUAAUGCCAGUUUUUGAGCAGAUGUUCUAGAAGCUGGUUUGGAACUGUAUGACUGGAGAACUGGAUGCGAACUAUAUAAGGGUCCUAUAAACCUUGCGAGCCUUGGGGACAUCCUGAGGAAUGGGAAUGAGAUCCCCUGCUCAGAUGAACAGAAAACGCUCUCCUUGGAAUUCUCUUCUUUCAAAUCCUUGUCCCGCCUGGCAUUUUUUGGGGGCGUCUGAGGGUGUGUAUUUUUAAUAACAAGAGGACUGAACAGACUUCAGCACGGGAAGCCAGAUUGCAAGUUAGGCCACCUCGGUAUAUAGGCUCUGUUCUCUGAACAUAAAGCUAUUUUCAUUGUUUCUGAAAAUGGAUAUUGUAAAAAUGUUGACUCUGGAUAGAACUGUGUACAUUUCAUAGGUUUUUAUUUUGACGUGAGUUUUGUUACAGUUUAUAAAAGCUAUUUUCCUAUUUAGACCUCAGGGCUCCUUCGGGACCUACAAAUACAUGUGACUCCCAGCAACUUCAAAUCCUUGCUAUCCAAAAGGUUAAUAAUACUCUUUAGGUUAAAUAGGAUACCUUAUUCAGCAGGAAGAAUGUGUCCCUCUUAACCUCUGACAAAUUCUGUAUCUCAUAUUUUAAAAGUAUAGAAGAAAAAUAAUGUAAACAUAUGGGGGAAUUGUGGCUACAGGAUUAAAAAUCACUUGUGAAAUAAACACUCUCCUGGUACAAUGGUGUGGUAUUGGAAUAAACCAAAGUGUGUAUAAAUGAGAAAAUGAGACACAUACGUCAGUAUUUUUAAUGUCCCUUACUUUGCUCGAAAUAGAUGUGCACUUUCUUCUUCUGACACACUUUUACUUUUCAACGGUAAGAUUUUUAAAUUAAUGAUUCAUCCAGGAAUAUUUUCACUUAUGUUAAAAUAAUCUUGUUGCAGUUUUCAUCUUUUCAGGGGCAUCCAGUUUUGCUUUGUCUGUAUUCUUUUUUUUUUUUUUUUAGAUUUUAUCUAUUUAUUUAACAGAGAGAGAGAGAGCACAAGCAGGAGAAGCGGCAGGCAGAGGGAGAAGCAGACUCUCAGCUGAGCAGGGGGCCUGAUGCGGGGCUCGAUCCCAGGACCCCGGGAUCAUGACCUGAGCCAAAGGCAGACCGUUGACUGACUGAGCCACACACAUCUCUCUGUGUAUUCUUUACCUAACUGGUACAAUGUAAAUGUUGUUCUGGAGUUUCUUUAUUUAAAACAUGUCCUUGAAAAGCUUAAAUCAAAGAACUCUAAAAUUAACUUCAUUUUCUUUUAAUGGCUAAAAAAGUAAUGCACACACUCAGAAAAAAUAAACCAAACUCUGUAAAAGGGUCUCAGCUGACAAGCAACUGACCCUCCCCCGGGGCAGUCCCUCCGACCAAUUAUUUAUGCAUCCUUCUAGAAAUAGGUUUUAAAUGUUUUCUUCCCUUUGUGUGUUAUACAAACGAGAUCCCGGUGUACGCACGGUUUCCAUCACUCCUGUUUUGGGGAGAGCACGUUUGGCCCCUUCGUUCAUGUGGGGUCCAUCCGGUAUUCCUCAGUAGAGAUGUGCCCUGGUUCACCGAACCAUUUCCUGGUCUCGGGUUAUUGCAGUAUUUUUGGUUCCUACCACGUAGGAGUAAUGAAGAGUCUUGACCUGCACAGGGAAUAUUUCUCUAGGAUUGACCAGGGUGAAAAAAGGCAGAUUUUAAUUUCAAUAGUCCUGCGGCGUUGUUCUUUCCACAGCCUCCUGAGUGAGUCCUCGGCCACCCACCCGUGGACAAAAGAGGCCGUGUGCCUCCCACAGCAACACCUGCUGUUCAUCUGACAGGCUGAGGGCUGCUGGGCUGGCGGGUUAAAAAGCUGUAUCUCAUUUUAAUUUUCAGUUCUCCAAUUACUGGUGCGGUAGAGCCUCUUUUUGUGUGUCUUCCGACCAUUUUUAUUUCCUGUUUGACAGAUUCCUUAUUUGUAUCUGUUUCUCAUGUGUUUUUUAUUGUACUUUUUGGUGUCAGUCUUGCCGAUUUGUAGGAUUUUGCUAUAAAUUUCAGAUCAUAGCUGUUUGACACAGAUUGUGGGGUUUUUCUCAUCACAUAUUGUCAAGGUGUCUUGUAUAAAAGUGUGAAAUUAUGAUUUAGCCAAACGUAUUUUUUUUAAUAUUUGAAUUUGUGUUUCUUUUUUUUUUUUUUUUUUAAGAUUUUUAUUAUUUAAAAAAAAAUAAUCUCUACCCCCAAUGUGGGGCUCGAACUCACGGCUCGGAGAUCAGGAGUCCCAUGCCCCACCGUGAGCCCCUAGGUUAUUUUUGAUGAGACUGAAAACAGCUCCUAUUUAUUUGGGAAAUUCCGCUUCGCCUUUAGGAAGUCUGAAGUCUGACCCAUUAACAGAUCGUCAUUCAACUCCCUGAAAAUCAUUAUUAUUAAGGAAGGACCUAAAUAGGAAGUCAAAUUUUAAAUAAAAUUUUCUAGGCCACAAUUGUGAUUGGA